AAUGGUAUUCAGUUGAUACAUCACUAGUAACAGAAAGAACAAUAAAUGAUGUUGAUUCUUAUAACAGUUUUAAUGCUCAAUGUAUGGGCUAUACCAGCAGAUGAUUUAUUUUCACCAAACAUAAACAUCCUUGAAGAACUGGGGAAGAUGAAGAUCAUGGAAACAAGGAUGGAAUCUAUGGAGAAGGAAAUGGAGCGACUAAGAAGCAGAAAUGUAGCACAAGCAAAAAAGCUGGAAGAGUUUCAUGUUACAAUGAAUGACAGAAAGCUCAAAAUGGAUGAACUAAUUAAACAAAAUGAAGCUCAAGCAAAGGAACUGGACACCUUACGUGGAACAACAAAUGACGUAAAGAUAAAAAUGGAUGAUCUAAUAAAACAAAAUGAAGUUUCAAAAGUGGCUUUCUCAGUUUCUCUCUCGUCCUCGAAUGGACCGCACGGCACUUUACAAACUCUAGUUUACAAACACAUCUUCCUCAAUAAUGGAGACGCCUAUGAUGCAAAUACAGGAAUCUUCACAGCACCCAUGAAGGGAGUGUAUGUAUUCAGGGUUUUCUCUAAGGCCUAUGGAAGUUCAGAUAAAGCGGUUGUCGCAGGCUUGUUUAGGAACGGCCAGCAUGAAAUUUCUACAUAUGCACGUCAAAACGGUGGUUUUAUCGGCUCUUCAAAUGGAGUUUCUCUGCUGCUGGAAAAGGGGGAUAAAAUAUGCGUAAAUCUCUAUCCUGGAUAUUGGAUUUUUGACAAUGAACACCAUCACAGCACCUUUAGUGGACAUCUGCUUUUCCCCAUGUGAUCUGAACAUACACAGCAUCUUUUCAAGACUGUAAUCAUAAAAGAUGUUCAAUUCACAUGAUUUUUUUGUCUGUGAGACUACGAGUGAAUGAAUUUGACCAAAUUUGAUGCUGAUACUUACUAUGUACACUGUUAGACUUUUUAUUGUAUUUUUGCGGCAACUUACUGGCAGCACUAUUGCCAGUAAGUUACUGUAACUGCCCCUUUACAGUAGCUUAACUGUAAAUGUGUUUUACAGUAUGAUGCCCUUACCGCAAUUUCAUUUUACAGUAAGAUGCCCUUGCCGUAACUUAUUUUUACAGUAUAAUAAUAUUACAGUAAUUUUACUGUAAUUUAUUUUAGUUUUAUUUUACAUGUAUGCUACAGAAUUUAAUAAUUCCAAAUAAGUGACUUGAGUCCAUGUAUAUCAAUAUAUUUUUUAUUCACUGUUACAAUCAAUUUCAUCCAUUUUAUUUAUCAUGAUGCAACAUAAAAAAAGAGACCUGGAUUCAUAACAAAUCAAAGCAGAGAUCAUGACAAUGCGCAAUAAAAAGCAUGAACAAAA